AUGUUUCAUACUGGAUACAAACCCAUGAGCUCAUUCAAAAAUAGUUCUUUCUGGAACGAAAAACUGACUGAUGUUCCACCAAUCAUUGACUGGAGGAACGAAGGAGCUGUCACCCCAAUAAAAUUCCAAGGUGUAUGUGUCGUUGGUUUUGGGGAAAAUGAAGACGGCAUUAAGUAUUGGUGGGUCAAGAAUUCAUGGGGAGCGAAAUGGGAUGAGGGUGGCUACAUGAGAUUGCGCAAAGAUGUUGGUUUUCCAGAAGGUCUUUGUGGCAUUGCCAUGUAUGCUUCCUAUCCAGUUGUGCCUGUCAAUAGCGAAGAAGACCUACUCAAGGCUGUGUCCAGGCAGCCAGUCUCAAUAGCCAUCGAUGGUUCCGGGGCGGAGUUUAUGAAUUACCAAAGUGGGGUCUUCUCGCCCACAGAUUGUGGGACGACACUGACCCAUGCUGUUACCGCCGUUGGGUACGGUACGACUGAGGACGGCACUAAGCAUUGGUUACUCAAGAAUCAAUGGGGUGAGAGCUGGGGUGAAAAUGGCUAUAUGAAAAUUCUUAGGGAUGCUGGUGCCCCAGAAGUUGUCUGUGGCCUUGCUCAGUAUGCUUCCUAUCCGACUGCAUAA